AUGUUUUUCUCUCUUCCACAGGUUGCCCACGCCUCAAAGUCGGAGAUCGUGAAGUCGGGAACCCCCAAAUCCACACUAAAGCACAUAUGGACAGAAAGCAGUAAGGACAUGUCCAUCAGUAGGCUGCUGUCACAGACUCUCCACGGAAAAGAGAACAGCACAGCCUUGGAUCUUCGCUACGACACCCCUGAACCGUACUCCGAACAGGACCUCUGGGAUUGGCUGAGGAACACCACGGACCUGCAGGAUUCGCGGCCGCGGGCAAAACGGCGGCCGAUGGUCAAGACGGGGAAAUUCAAGAAGAUGUUCGGCUGGGGCGACUUCCACUCCAACAUCAAGACGGUCAAACUCAACCUUCUGAUCACCGGAAAGAUCGUGGACCACGGAAACGGCACCUUCAGCGUCUAUUUCCGUCACAAUUCCACGGGCCAGGGCAACGUUUCCGUCAGUUUAGUCCCGCCCACUAAAGUAGUUGAAUUCGACGUAGCGGCACAGCAGUCUGUAAUCGACGCCAAGGAUUCAAAGUCCUUCAAUUGCCGCAUCGAAUACGAGAAGGUGGAGAAAGGCGCCAAGAAUACGCUCUGCAACUUCGACCCGUCCAAAACUUGCUACCAGGAGCAAACCCAGAGUCACGUGUCUUGGCUUUGCUCCAAACCCUUCAAGGUCAUCUGUAUCUUCAUCUCCUUCUACAGCACCGACUACAAACUGGUGCAGAAAGUUUGUCCGGACUACAACUACCACAGCGACACGCCCUACUUCCCGUCCGGAUGACGAGCAAAAAGUGGGAAAAGUGGACCAGUGGAGCGCGGACUGGAGCUUCUACCCAUCCCAGAGAGGAGCGUUUUAGCCGAACUGUCCCUAAAAAUGUCCACAACAAGAGAGUCAAGCCCCCAAGUGAUUACCCAACGUGACGUCAUGAAUCCUGCAGAGGACGGUUACUUUAAACAGUCUAACGCUGCUACAAAGGACUGAAAUCUGCAAAAAAAACGACAGUUAGAAUUGAUUCUUGAGUUCAGUUUUGUCAGAUGUGUAGAUAGCGGGACGUAUUGUCCUGUUUGUUCUGAUUGUUAUCAUUAUUAGUCGCCCCUGUGUUUGCUUUAUGUUUAGUUCUCACUUCUUUUGAAACUAGAUGUUAUCAACACCCUAUUUUCACAUAUCUCACACACAUUGCCUCUCUGGACAUUUGGACUGUUUGCCUCUGCUGUGCUAUUAACGCUCUGCAGUUUAUCCUGGAAAUCAUAACUAAUUCCUCAUUUAAAAAGAAUAAAAAAUUAAAAUCAGGAUUCUUUAGGAAACCCUGCAAGGCGACUGACGAGGAGAUUUAAAUGUGAGUUUAGCAAAGUGAGAUCUUCUUCCUCCAUUAGGAGAGAAAAUGUCGCUUGGAUAUAAAAACUGUCAAUCUGUCAAAAAAAAAGUUUGUGGAGUUUAUUCUCAGCUGAUUGAAUGUCGGAUCACCUGAUUGGUUGACGAUCAGCGGGUCGUGCGUGGGGGAUGGGGCUUGCUCAUUGUCACUUAAUAUAUCAAAUGUAAUGUAUUCUAUAUCUUAGAGCCUAAUUUGUAAGAAUGGUUUGUAUUGUACAUAGUUUAUCCCAAUAAACUGCUUCUGUAAAUGCCCCCAUGAGCUGUGUGUCCCCCCCCUCGCUAAUUCCUCUUGUUCACUCCAUUUAUGCUCGUUCUUGGUUCCUAACAAAUGGUGUUGCUGCCCUAGAUGUGAAUUUCUUGAAACCAUCACUCCUGUACAGACACUGUAAAACUUACUAAAUAUAUUAAAAGGUAUUAAUUGAAUUUUUUCUUUAUUGGGGGGGACGGUGGGGGUUGGAUAUGUACAUAUUAAUUAAAGA